AUGAAACGCCAUUCCUCACGGGAUGCUGCUGGGAAGCCGCAGAGGCCCCGAUCGGCCCCGAGGGCCAGCAGCUGCACAGAGAAGCUGCAACCUGAGGAGCCGGGUCCCAAGAACCUCUUCGGGCCGCCCCUGGAGUCAGCCUUUGACCACGAAGAUUUUACAGGCUCCAGCAGUCUCGGCUUCACCUCCAGCCCCUCGCCUUUCUCCUCCUCGUCCCCGGAGAACGUGGAAGACUCCGGCCUGGACUCGCCGUCCCACGCAGCACCUGGCCCCUUCCCCGAUUCCUGGGUCCUCCGCCCGGGCACCCCGCAGAGCCCGCCCGCCUGCCGGCCGCAGCCCCCUGAGUCCAGGGGAGCACUGUCCCUGCUGCCCUCCGACUCGCCGCUGCCCCUGGCGGCGUCCCCGGGCCCCUGGGGGCUGGAGGCCGUGGCUGGAGGCGACCCAGCGCCCGGACCUGCGGACCUCGCGGCCACGGAGGGCCUGGCGGCCCCGCCCCGGCGGCCCCGCUCCCGGAAGGUGUCCUGCCCCCUCGUGAGCAGCAACGGGGACCUGUCCCAUCCCCUGAGCUCCUCCCCGCUGGGCGCCUCCGUCCCCGGCGCCUCGGUCCCCGGCGCCGCCCCAGAGCGCUCCAGCGUCUCCGCCCAGACCCAGACGGGACACGGAAUCUCCCGGGGCCCCAGCCCUGUGGUCCUGGGCUCCCAGGAUGCCCUGCCCGUGGCCACCGUCUUCACCGAGUAUGUCCAUGCCUACUUCCGCGGCCACAGCCCCAGCUGCCUGGCGCGAGUGACGGGGGAGCUGACCAUGACCUUCCCGGCGGGCGUUGUGCGCGUGUUCAGCGGGACCCCGCCCCCGCCGGUGCUCAGCUUCCGCCUGGUGCACACAGCCCCCAUCGAGCACUUCCAGCCCAACGCCGACCUGCUCUUCAGUGACCCCUCCCAGAGCGACCCUGAGACCAAAGACUUCUGGCUCAACAUGACGGCCCUGACCGAGGCCCUGCAGCGCCAGGCGGAGCAGAACCCAGCCGCCUCCUACUACAACCUGGUGCUGCUGCGGUACCAGUUCUCCCGCCCGGGCCCCCAGUCGGUGCCUCUGCAGCUGAGCGCCCACUGGCGGUGUGAGGCGACCCUCACUCAGGUCUCGGUGGAGUACAGCUACCGGCCCGGCGCCACGGCUGUGCCCACGCCGCUCACCAACGUCCAGAUCCUGCUGCCUGUGGGGGAGCCUGUGACCAACGUGUGCCUGCAGCCAGCGGCCACCUGGAACUUGGAGGAGAAGCGGUUCCUAUGGAAGCUUCCAGAUGUGUCCGAAGCAGGGGGCUCUGGCCGCCUGUCUGCCAGCUGGGAGCCGUGCUCAGGGCCCAGCACGCCCAGCCCCGUGGCCGCUCAGUUCACCAGCGAAGGGGCCACUCUGUCCGGCGUGGACCUGGAGCUGGUGGGCAGUGGCUACCGCCUGUCGCUGGUGAAGAGAAGGUUCGCCACGGGGAUGUACCUGGUGAGCGGCUGA